AUGGUGUUUAUAGUUGAACCAAAUGACCACAGAUGGCGUUAUAGAAAAAAUUCACGAAAAUCGAAAAAAUCCCUGCAAACCUCUAAUAUUGGUGUAAAAUUGAGUUCACAAUUUGCCGUACAAUCAGCGUGCGAAACAAUUACAAUUGGUUCACACGAUUAUGAAGCUAUUCCCGUUUUUAAACAAAAAGCCAGCGGGAGAAGAAACAUAGAAGAAGAUUUGAGACUUUUUGAAAAAUUUGCCAAAAAUUCAAAAACAAAAACUAUUGGUCCUGGUUCCUAUGAAAUUAGUCAAUGGCCGGAAAUUAUUAUAAAUAAAACUGGAACGAGUGUGAAAAAAAAUUUUGGUUUUGGAACAACGUCUCGAUUUUUGAGGACUACUAAAUUUUCCACACCUGGUCCUGGUUAUGUUGGUAUAAAUCACAAUCCUUAUUAUUUAAUCGAAAAUAAAAAAAGACAGGGACUUUCUACUCGACCAACUUUUGAAUUUGAUGGAUUGGCCCCUAGAAUUCCAAAAAUAAAAUCCGUUUCCUUGGCGCCUAAUAGAUAUAAAAUUAACUAUCCGGAUUCUUUGGAUAAUUUUAUAAGGAAACAAACUGGAAAACGAGGACCCUACGAUUUAUUUACAGGACCUAGGGAUUAUUCAUCAGUGAAGGGAUAUUUCACAGCGCCAGAAAUUUUCCAAAAUUCCACUUGGCCUAAAAAAUUGCCCGGCGAAAUUGAAAAAUUAUUACACAAGUCAAAUAACUUUAAAGGAAUUUUCGGAAAAUCUUCACGUUUUCCAAAAUUAGAAACAAUUGCUCCAGGACCGGGACACUAUAAUUUGGAAAAAUCGAGAAAAAUAAGAAUAUUAAAAAAUAAUAAUUGUCCUUUCGGAAAAUCAUUGGAGAGAGAAAAAACAUUGGGUUUUAGGGAAAUUCGUCCUUUCCCGGGACAAUAUGAUCCAAAAAUGGAAAAAAUAAUUCAAGGCGCAGGAUGGAGUUGGAUAUUUAAGAGUAAACUUCCAAGGAUUAAAAGUCUCGUUAAAGAGUCUUACAACAGUUUUUGA